CAUCAGUUAGGUUAUUUGUAAGCAGGCAGGAAUCUUUCUGAGAUCCUAAUGAGAGGCGCAGCCAUCCUGCAGGGUCAUAAAGACUCAUUGGUUAACAAGGCGUCUCUUCACUGUCUCCCUGAGAAUCCUUGAUCUUCUCGGGUUUUUCUCUGCUGCUGAUCGCUGUGUCUGUGCUGGACGGCGUCCAGGCGGCGAGCCUCCUCACCCCUCGCCCUGCCCUGCCGCCGGGCCUCGUGGAUCUCCGGUCAGAGGAACGCCUCCUGGGUGGCUGUGACAGGGGGAAUUAGGCGAGAGAUGCGGGCCCACUUGCCCUGCCUGCGUAGGGGCUUAUCUCGGUCUAAGCUGAGGGACUAAUAGCAAAGCCUGCCUUCGCUCCAGCCGCUCUGAGGGCACAGGGAGCCAUCUGUCCACUCUGUGGAUCACUGAAAAACAAAGGGAGCAAACACCGAACUCGGACUUCAAACUAAAAGGCCAUUCAUCCCAAAGAUACCAGAACCAAAGAAGACGAGUAGGAAUUUCUCCCACUCCAAGAGUACUCACCACAAAGAUCCGAAAUCACUGAGGAUGUCCGACAAGGAAGAGAUGACCUUGGACGGCGGCCUGAACGUCACGCUAACGCUCAGGCUGCUGAUGCACGGAAAGGAAGUUGGCAGCAUCAUUGGAAAGAAAGGAGAAACGGUGAAGAAGAUGAGAGAAGAGAGCGGCGCUCGCAUCAACAUAUCAGAGGGUUCGUCUCCUGAGAGGAUAGUGACCAUCACUGGACCUACAGAGGGGAUCUUCAGAGCUUUCUCCAUGAUCGCUCAGAAGUUUGAAGAGGAUAUCACCGCAGCCAUGACAAACAGCAGCGUGACAAGCAAGCCACCUGUGACACUUCGUCUGGUUUUCCCAGGGAGCCAGUGUGGCUCGCUCAUCGGCAAAGGAGGCUCCAAGAUCAAAGAGAUCAGGGAGACCACAGGCGCUCAGGUUCAGGUGGCAGGAGACAUGCUGCCGGACUCCACAGAGAGGGCCGUCACAAUCUCCGGCACGCCACAGGCCAUCACUCAGUGUGUGAGGCACAUCUGCUCCGUCAUGCUGGAGUCUCCACCGAAAGGAGCAACCAUUCCUUACCGUCCCAAGGUCCUUCCUGCCGGCGCUCACGCUGUGUUGGCCCCGCAGCACUCUGCACAAGCGUUUGCAAUCCCAGGACAGUAUGCAUUUGCACAUCAAGAUUUGACCAAGCUUCACCAGUUGGCUAUGCAGCAUAUCCCCCUCCCUUCCCUUGGGCAGAGCAACCCUACCUUUCCUGGACUGGAUGCUUCUGCACCCACAAGCACACAGGAGCUGGCAAUACCUAAUGAUUUUAUUGGCUGCAUAAUUGGAAGACAAGGCAGCAAGAUCAAUGAGAUUCGCCAGGUCUCUGGAGCGCACAUCAAAAUUGCCAGCGCCACUGAUGGCUCAGCCAUGCGCCAAGUCACGAUCAGCGGCUCGCCGGCCAGCAUCGGCGUGGCCCAGUACCUCAUCAACGCCAGCUUAGAGAUGGCUAAAUACACCAUGCAGGUGGCGUCCUCUGCGACCCCCGUUGACCUCAACAUGAGCUUCUCUCAAACGGUCCCCACCGCCUCCACCUCCAUGGCCGUCCUGGCCGCCUCCGCCCCGACCCCCUCCGCCAUUAACCCCUCCACCCUGCCGGCCAUCCAGAGCCCCCACUACGCCCUGCCCGUCUCCAGCCUGCUGGGGAUGAAGACGCUGCCCGUCCUGACCGUCCAUCCGGCAGCAGCUUCCAGCCUAACUCAGGGUCUGACCCCGUAUACUGCAAAAAUGUCGACAUCUGGUGCAAAAAAGUCUGACCGGCAAAAGUUUUCUCCUUAUUGAUGCCGCCUCGUUCAAUCUGCAGGGCCAGUCAGAAGUUUACAUACACUUUGUUUUUUUUUUUAAAUAGUUGGGUUUUGCUCUUGUACACAAACCACAGAUGAUGUUUGGUUAAAUCCACCAACGACCUUCUGGCUUCAUUCAAUUAGCACAGAUAAACAUUUAAACUAAUGUCAAUUAAAUAUAAUCAGAUUAAUCACUUAUGCUUAACUUUGCAAACUUGAAACAUAAAUAUAUACACAGUUGUGGUUUUUGUAGGAACGUUGCUCCUCGUUCUGCUGCUAAAAUGUAAACAAUGAUCAGAUUUUUUACAUUUUUGCUUCAGAAAGCAGGUAAUGUGGUCCUUCAGUACUCAACAGCAACUAAAGGAACUUUUCUCCACAACAUGCAUACAAGUAGGAGCAACUUGUUCCUGAGACAAAGUCCAGUGUCUCUUGUGCUACUGUGUGUCUUGACAUUACUGGGUGAACUUUUGUAAUAAAUCUCCUUUUCAAAUAAAUAAUUUAAAUCUACAGCAGCGUAGUCGGGCCACUAUAGAUAGAAAAAAAUGAGUUAAUUUAUGCUAAAAAUUGUAGAAACUUUACGAUGUCCAAUUUUCUUGGAAAAUGUGGAAAUUCUCGUUUUUUUGAAAAGUAAAAAAAUUUUGAUGCUGAAGAAAAUGUAAAAAUUUUUCUAGAAAUUUUCUGAGAUUAAUCUAAAAUAGUCUGAAUUUCUUUGUAGCUAAUUUUUGAUAUUGUAAAUAUAUAUCAGAAAUGUUUGUUAUUUGUUGCUGAUUUCUGAAAUGAAUCUAAAAAUGACAUGUUUUUGCAGAAAUCUUCUCGCUUUUUAUUUUUCUGUCUACAGUGGUCCAGAUACGCAGUCGUAUAAAUCACUCAUGUCACCUUGAGUGUAUGUAAACUUCUGAGCAACCUUCUCCUCAGUACCUUCCUGAUAAGACUUUAUUAAAAGAUGGCAGAUAUUUUAAUAUUAACAUAUAGAAUUGAAAGCACAGAUGCUGAUAGAUAUUUUCCAGGAGUUCCUUUUGUUUUCCAUAAACCAGGAGGAUAUUAGAGUCAGACUGAAAUGACAGGAGUAUUAAAAAACAAGUCUUUGUUAAUUAAAAGAGUCGACUGAGGUCUACAAUAACAUCCUGAUGUCAUGUGAACAUGCAGAAUAAUUACAGUGGAUAAUAACUCAGGCUUUUAUUAGUAUCCCAGGGAAUAAAUGAGCUUUAAAAGGAGCACUUACUCCUGAAGAAGGAAUUUCCAUAAAGUGUGUUUCUAUCUGUGUAACUUUUUAAAACAUUAGAUUAGAUGUUAUCACCUAGGAUCAGAUGGUGCUUUGAAAGGCUGUGAACUGGUUUGUUUGUACAGUGAGUGUUUGUAUUGUUUUAAUGAAGAUCGGCCCCGUCCUGUGUCAUGCGUGUCUUUGUUCCACUGUGGGCUCUCAUCAGCGCUAACAGGCUCGGGAGUCCUGUAGUCUCGUUGCACCGUGGCCGGCUCUGAUGGGAUUAUCGUAAAGCCACAGUGGAUUCACAGCUGAAGUCUCUUCCCAGUAAUCCUGUGGAGCAGGACUGGCCUGAAACGCGUUUGCUGGUUCGGUGCGGCUUGUUGUUUGUUCUCCAGCGUGAAAACAAGGAGAACGCCUCAAAGAACUGAAGUCACAUCACUUGUUUUAAAUUAAUGUUUUAUUCAUCUUUCCGAUGCGGGCAUGCACUCAAACAACGGCGUAUUUGUACGAUUUGUAAAUAAAAUGACUUGGAAAUAAAUGGAACUUUUUAUGAACGCA